ACGCGCACCUUGCAUAGCAACAACAUAAAACAACAUGGCGGAAUAACCUGUUUUUUUAUAAUUUUGGAAAUUUCUGCCGUUAUUUGUCUGUUUUAUAAUGUCAAAAGCUGGUAAGCGGGGUAAAAGCGCCCAAGGAGCAGCGGGUGCUGCGAAAUGGGAGCAAGCCCUUCUAACUACAGUUUUCGAAGAGGAAAAAUGGAAGGCCAAUGUGACAUUUGUUGUUGGCAAAAAAGCAGAUGACUACACAUGGAUCAACAUUCUUGGGCAGAAUAUUGCUGCUGGCUCUAGAAGGCUCUUCUCUUCCUUCUCAAAGCAAGCACUCUUUAGUGAUGUACAAGAGCUAGGUAAUCCAAAGGGCAAGAAACCGAAAGAGACGCCAUCGCACUAUGAAGUUUGUGAACCCUGCAAGAACCACCUGGACAUUGGUGAGGACAUUCCACUGCCUCUUCUGGCCAAACUCAUCAAGUUUAAACUUCUGUGGAUCAAACAGAAUGAUCUGAAAAGAAGAGACACUGAGAAAAAGGCUGCACUAGAACGUGAAAAGGCCAAGGCAAAGGCAGCAGAGAAGGCAGCAGGAGGAGGGGGCAAAGAAAGGGCCAAGUCCCCAGGGAAGGGCAAGGGUGGCGGGAAGAAAACACCGGAACCCCAGCAGUCCAAAGAUGGCAGCAAACUAAGGAAACGUGGGGAGGAGGACCCUGAGGGGAAAUAUAUAGAUGAUGAGCCGGAUGAUGGUGCUGACCACUAUAUUGUGAUUUACGGGUUCCACUACCCGAACCUAUUUGGGCUCCUGGCUGAGCUUGGGCUCAACGUGUCCACCAUCAUGGCUGUCAACUCACAGGACUACGCCUACUUUCAGCCAAAAGAGGGGGAUGAACAGCCCAUUGAAAAAGAUGAAAAGACAUUAGCUCAACCAGUCAAGCGCGCCUCAAAAACCUCGUCCCUCCUGUCAGGGCAGUCCCUGGGGGCCUCACAAUCCACCCUGAAUUCUAGCAGCGCUGCAGAGGAAGCUGCAAGAGAAGAGAAGGCGGAGCUUGCAAAUGAGUUGAAAUCGUUCUGGCGUGACCUGCCGGCCAUCUUGUUACGGCAGUCUCGUCUGCACGACAUUGCCAGAAAAGACUACGAGGUGAAGAGUCUCCUCAUGCCUCAGAAUCUGGAGGAUGCUGAACAGAAGGCGCAGUUUGGUGCAUCCCUGUUUGAGGACAUAGCGUGCAUGAUCUACGACUUGAUAGAUGCGCGCCGCCAGUGGCACAAUUACUUGGAGAACCUAAACCUUGUACAGGUGCCGUUGUAUGGGCUGCCCACCUCCACAGCACCACCAGUUGGAGAGGGCGACAAGUCAGGCCCAGUGUCGGGGGCACCCACUCCAGCUGGUCAGCCUGCACCUAGUGUCACCUCCCUAAACCUGGGCGAGCAAUUAGAGAGCCCGCAAGUGGACAUGAGGUUCUACAAUGACCUCAUGAACUGUGUGCCACAGGAAAGCGUCAGUGUUCCUCUUGUCAUGAACUGCAUGCUGGAACAGAUUGAAGCAACGCAGCAAAAUAUUGAUCCACCCAGUGAACAGAAGCCCCCGCAGCGCGCCGACGGGCUCAACUCCGACCUAGCCAAACAUCUAAGCUCCCUAGCAUUCAAGCUGGCACUUACUGAGGAGGAACAUGUUGCCCUGUCGUCAGUACUAUCUCUACCAGAGCGGCCACCAGAGGAGUUCAAACAGCCACUUCUGGUAAAUCCACAUGAUGACAUUACGCAGCGCACCCACCAUCUGAAGGCAAUGUACGGCUUUGACCCGGAGAAGGUCGAAGAAGACAUGUUGAAGAAGUUGAAGGUGUCGACGAUGCUCCAGCUUCCCCGGCCUACCUCCAGUGUGGCGCGGGAGCGGGCAGCCAGACUGCAAGAGCUUGUACAUUUCUGUGCAACUGACGGGCUUGUUCAGUCAGAAAUAGAUCGAGCCUUCAAGCAGUUUGUGUUUGAGUCGAUGGACUUUGCAACGACCGACUCAAAUGGAUUCAUCAUCACACGGGACAGUGAGGGCCUCGAGCACACAGCCGUACCCUGGGACGACCCUUAUCCGUUCUUCAAAGGGAUGAUACCAAAACAUGAGAAAGAAUCUGUCAGGAUGAGUCCUGUCUCGGACGAGCGCUCAGGGGCAGAAUCAGACCUAUUUAACUCCCUUGGUUCAGACACACCCCCCAUGUCUGACCCGGGGGAUGUCCCCACCCCCCUCACACCCCCUCCUGCUCCUAGACCAGGCCCUCCUGUGGGAAAAAAAUCACCCACUCCUGGAAAAUCGAAGAAAUCCCGCUCGGAUUCUGCUGACAGUGGAAAAAAGAAGGGAGGCAAAGGCGGGAAAAAAUCGGGAAAACGUGCUCAGUCCCCAGCUCUUUCAGAAGACCAAAAACCAGCUUCCCCAGUGGAAAAGGAGCCUGGGUCACGCUCCUCCUCUUCGGAUAGUCGGAAAGGAAUCCUGCGACCUUCUUCAAGGUCAAGCUCUCGAGAUGGUCGGAGGUCAAGGUCAAGGUCUCCAUCAGCGGGUGGACGCCGUCAUUCUCAUAUGUCAGUGGUCAGAUUUGCGGAUCGCAGGGUGUCAGUGCACUUUGAGGCAGACACAGAGGGCCACACGAUCGCUCACGUCAAAGAUGAGGAAAAGGGAGAAGAAGAGGAAAUUCUUGGCGGGAAAACUACUGAGGAGUCGAUGAAUGAGAUCGUUGAUGCACAGAAACGACAGCUCGACCAAUGGUGCUUUGCGGAGCACUAUGACAAGAAAGUUCUCCUACAGGUGUUGAAGUCAGCGAUGUACAAGCUGCCGUAUGUGGACACAUACUAUCACAAGCGCGAUCAUUCACUGAUGGUAGUCCUCCACAGCCCCCAUAAUCCCGAGUUCCAGAACCAUGAAGAUUGGCACACAGAGCUACACUCCAACAUCGGCUUCAGGAACUAUCUGGACUUUGUUGAGGACUCUAUUGGUGACUGGUUAAAGGAGGAAGAAGCCAAGUACCAUGCUCAAGUGCUCUCCGAGGAGAUUGAGAAAAUGAGACAAGACGAGGAAAGCGCCUCAAGGCUCGCUGAGAGAAACGCCAAAAAGUCAUCCAAAAGAUCUGCUACGUCUAAGUCUAAAUCUCCCAAGGGAUCACGUGCCAGCAGUCAGGAGCGACCGUCUUCCGCCAGCAGCAACAUUUUUAUUCGGGACGGUUCCCUGAAGGCUUGGAAGAUCGAGCAAGACCGCAUCAAGGGAGAGGAGGAUGAGAAAGAGCGAGUCCGAAGUGCGAAGAGGACAAAAUCUCCCAAGGCCAAGAAAGAAGAGGAUACAAAGAAACGCCCGGGUUCUCGAGGCAGUGCCAAGUCAAAGGGCUCAGCUAAGGAGCAGGACCAGGAGCCCCAGAUGGAAAUGGAGCCCAUGAUGGAUGAGAAAUACUGGCCCUUCCACGGGUACGACAUGGGUAACAAUCUGAUACACGUGUCUGGGAUAACAUCCACGCUCUUCCCCUCCGAUGGUGGUCAGAUUCGGACAGAACGGACAGAGUUUAUACAGGGUACGGUGUCUGUGCGUACAACUGUAUUGAAAGAUGACCACACAUUCACUGUUCACAUCCUGGACCCAAAAGACACCCAAGGGGAGGAAAGUGACGCUGAGCCCGACUCUGCCCGCAGUGGUGCUGAGAAAGCGGAAUUUGAGAAACCUGAGAAGGAGAAUAAAGACUUGGAGUCAGACAAGAGAUCCAAGUCCAUGUCUAUGAAGUCGAGCGUUCGCAAGCAGGCAUCUGUGAGUGCGUUUGGUUCGAUAACUUCCCAAUUUAACGACGGAAUGACCCUCGCACUCAGCCAGUUUGGAGACUCAGGAAUGGCUCCUGAUGGUAAAAAGUAUGAGCCAGAGCAGUACAUUCCCCCUGUGACCACGCCCAGCCCCGUGCCCCCACCCUCACCAUCAAAGAGCAAGAAGAGUGAUAAGAAAGAGAAAGGGCGGAGCUCUGCCACCCCUGAACCACCCCUGCCACAACCACAGGAUGGAGAUGAGAAGACAACAGAAGUUAGUCAAGCCGCCAGUCGUUCACAAGAUACACGCAGCAAAAUGUCAACCCUGAGGUUUUCAUUGGGAGAGGCAGAUGAAAAGGAGGAGACAAAAUCUAUCGAGCCUCCCGCCAUCGAGCAGCCGUUCCAGCAGCUUUUUAUUUCCUGUCCCGACGGCCUCAACGUCAAGUAUUUGCUGGAGAGUCAUGUAGGCAUGCGUCCGUUGGCCGAGGACGAUCGCCGACUGCUUGUACGCCAGAGUUACCCCUUCAAGACCGACGGGCAUCAGGCGUGUGAGGCCACCAGGAAGAAGUAUGCGUUGAAUGAGGUGUCACGUGUCAUCACGUCAGAGGGAACGGUCAUAAAGAACAUGAUGGAUGGCUCUGUGGAGGUGCUGUAUGCAGAUGGGACAGUGAGCGUACACACAGGUCACUGGGAGCUGCCACGUAGUCGGGAAAGUUCCCCACAAAGAAUCAACUCCGCCAAGAGCCAGCCUGACACGCCCUCCAAGGAAACCAAGGACAAGAAAGGAGCUGGAACGGACCGAAGCACAGGAAAGAAGAGCGGGUCCAAGCCUACGUCAGACGCUACUGAGGAAACAAGAGUUGAGGAUGACCAUCGCAGUACUUGGACAAUGACAUUCCCAUCAGGAGAGCGGACAAAGUAUGCCACUGGGCAUGAGCCGGAGGAUCUCAAACCUGUCAUGGUGUGCCAGGCCUCCGACCCCGAGACCAGUCAGUCAAUGGCAACUCGUGAUGACCAUGUGAUGACGAUCAGUUACCCAGAUGGAACCACGAUUCUGGAGCACGCAGAUGGCACGAGGAUCACCACCUACUACCGGGAAACACAGGUCCCACUAGGUGAUGGUGCUACGGAUGACGGAGAGAAGGAGUACGACAUCCAGACCAACAAGUUUGUGAAGGUGGAGUGCCCAGGCUUCGCUACCGUUGAGUUUAACUGCAUGACUAGCGAGAAUCUGACCAUCUUUGGUAACGGGACGACGGUCAACAUAUUCCCCGACGGCUACUACAUGUUACACCACUACGAGGGCGGUAGGCUCGAGAUCGAUACCGAGGGAAUUUUGACCUAUUUCCCGCGCCCGGUGAAAAACAUGGAGCAGUUGCUUCCAGAGCGUGAGAUUCGGUACAUGUUUUGUCACAACGCCGACGUCACGGUCGAGACUGUGGACAGUGACGGGAAUGUGUUUAAUGUUAAGAAUAACGGGGACUUUAGUGUAAGUCCCGCCAACACUGAUGAUAUAUCUGAUGUAAGUAGUGAAGAUCAGAUGAGAUUGGAGAGAAAGAUCACUGUCUUUAAGGAGCAUGCUCCGAAGUUCUUCAUUAUUCAUGCUGAUGGGAGUGGAACAGAACUGCUGCGAUACCAAGAGAUCGCUGAGUAUCUCACCAGCGCUGAGCAGAGUCCUGCCACUGCUGUCCUGCGUGACGAACUUCCAGAUUUCCCGGGGGUCGUAGGAAUUACCAUACUCAAGCCUUACAUUGGCGGACCGUCAGAGCGAUGGUUAAAGAAAUAUGAUCAAGAGUCUAUCAUUCCUCCCGGAAUCCGAUGUCGCGACUUGACUUCGCUGCCACCAAAAGAGUACAAGAGACAAGGCCCGAAGUUUGGUACAAAUGUUGGUCAGGGUCUGUCAGUGGGUGGGGCUGUAAAACAGAAUGUCCGGAUCCCCAUAGUGAAGUGCCCAAACAUUCUCGAGUUGAGACAGCUUGUGCAGUACAAGCCCAUGAACGAACAACUCAGAUCUGUGAUGCAGCGCGGCCUGCGUGAGUAUGCAGAGUAUGUGAAGUCCCGAAAUGAGAUGAACGAUUAUAUGCAGGUGGUCGACCCUCGCUCUGAUGAGGAGCGGAUGACCGCUGCUGACCUUCAGGCCAUGGCACGUGCGAACAAUGAGCUGACAGACUAUGAAAAAGCUGAUGUGAAGAGGAUUUACGAGAAGAUGUUAACGCCACCGGAGCCAAGCCCUCCCCCUACGCCUCAGCCGAAGCGUACCCUGGCAGACUGGGAGAGGGACGAGCGUGAACUGCAGGAGCAGAAGGAAGGGCUCGCGGCCAUUCGAAACAAACAUAUACCCAAGUACUUUGACAGCGAGUUCGGAAAGGCCUUUCUCCUCACUCAGGCAAAGGACAUCAAUGAGACAGUGACACUGCUUUCUAACGACCCACGGAGAGACGGGACAGAGGCGAUACGAGGAGACACCCGUGAUAGCUCCCAGCCUGAGCCCCGCAGUGCCGGCAUGCAGGCCAGACCAGGUGGCCCGACGACAUCCCAGAGUGAUCGAUCCAGCCACUCUGACGUGACAAACCAGCGUAAACUCCCUGUUGCUGAUACCCCGAUGUCAUUUGCUGUAUACAGUGAGGUUGGCCACUCUGCCAGUGGUAUGCGCCCGGGCAAUCCGACCCCUGCCCACGCAGCAGGCCAAGGCUCUCCUGCGCCCGUCCGCCCUUCUGCACCCACACCCGCCCACGCCAACAAGGGGGUCGCUGGGCGACCAGGAAACCCCACCCCCAAGCAGGCAGGGGCGGGGACAGAGUCUCCCUCUGACCUCCCCUCCCACCUUGAUUAUCCAAUCAUAUUUGAGCAACCCGCACUAGAGGAAGAGCCAGAGUUUGGAGGUGAACAGGAGAUGCUAUCCCAGAGCAUGAAGAUGGAUGUACUUGGAAGGCCAAGAAACAAGCCGGUUCCCCUCCCAGCUGUCAUAAAGGGAGGCAAGCCAGGAGCAAUUCCCAACACUAAGUAUAUCCAAGUUGAGGAUCCUGUGCGGCGCAGGACAAACAACUCCCUGCUUGCUGGGGCAACAGUGAAGGGUCAGGCCCAGCUGGCCGCCAUGCGGGGCCUCAUUCUGCUGCCCGAGGAGGUGGAUUUCGGGGUGCUCAAGGAGGGGAACACAUACGCCCACAUGGUGAUGCUGAAAAACACAGGCGUGGAUACAUGCAGAUUCAAGAUUAAACAGCCCCCACCUGCCACAGGCAUCAGGAUCAUAUACAAACCUGGUCCAGUCGCUGCUGGAAUGAAGGUAGAGGUUGAUGUAGAGAUCUAUGCGAUUGCCGUAGGGGCAGAGGGCGAGACCGGGGUUGGCGCGAUAAGACAUGAGCUGGAGAUCGUCACUGAGACAGACGUCCUCUUCCUGCCCAUCACAGCGACUGUCCUGGUAGCCCAUGAGUUUGACAACCGGGGAAUGUCCAGUCCCCAGGGCGGGAAAUCUCCAGGGGCACGGCUCAUCUCCACUAAACCCCCCUCCACCACCGGCAUUAUACGCCCCCGUAGAAAUAUCACACUUGAACCAGUGCCACCUGUGAAGUAAGGAUUACAGAUUGUUUCAGCAUCUGCGUGACUGUUCUGUGAAUGAAUUGUAAAGAAUAUUUAGGAAGCAUUUAUUGGAUACUAUUAACUGCUAUAAAGAGUAAAUGUAAUUGUGACUUGUGAUAUUUAGUUGUGAACAUUUUGUGGUCUGUGAUAAAAUUUACAAAUAAAACUUUAAAAAGUAUUGAACUUCUAUGAUGUAUCUUUUCUGUAUUUAUUUACUUAAAUAAAUGUUGAAUUUCAA